GGAUCGCUACAUAGUGAUCCUCAUAUUUUAUAACCUUCAAGUUGACUUCCUAGAAUUAGUCUUUCCAUGGUUUGAUCUCGAUCCAUGGAUUGGGCGAGUCUGAUCCUCGAUAUUAUGAUCAGGUCAUGGGACUGCACGGCGAAGUGCAGGUCGUAUGUUCAGGAUCUCGAGGAGAAUCUCGAGAAUCUGGGAAGCACAAUGGAUGAACUCACUUGCAAGCUCGAAGACCGGAGAAGGGAAGUUGAGCAGGCUGAACAACAAGGACUGAAGCGAACGAGCGAAGUAGAUCGCUGGUUGGAAAAGGUAGAAGUUAUCAAGAAGGAAGUUCCUCGGAUCUUAGAGAGAGGGGAGCAAGAGAAGCAGAAGAAGUGCUUUGGGGGUUUGUGCACGAAGAAUUGCCGGUCAUGCUACAAGCUUGGGAAGGUGGUCGUGAAGAAGCAGAGUGUCCUCAGAGAUCUACUAGUCAAGAGUCACUUUAAUCAGAUAGCUUACAGGCCCGUCAGUGCUCGGGUUGAGGAAAGGCCUAUGGACAAAGUUGUGGGCUUCGAGUCUACAUUCGAGGAGGCUUGGAUAUGCGUUGAGGAUGGGAGUGUGCGAAGUAUAGGGAUGUUUGGGAUGGGAGGCGUAGGGAAGACCACCCUCCUUACCAAGAUACAUAAUGAGCUCGCUCACUCUAGCCAAGAUUAUGAUGCCGUCUUGUGGAUCGUCGUGUCGAAGCAAGCUAAUGCAGAAAAAAUUCAGAAGGACGUAUGGAGAAAACUGGGGCUCCCUGAAUCCGAGUUGGAGAGCAGCAACAAAGAAGAUAGAGCUCCUAAAAUAUUUAGUGUCUUGAAAAGAAUGAAGUUUAUUCUAUUUCUGGAUGACAUCUGGGAGAGGAUUGAUCUCGUAAGCAUCGGUAUUCCUUCAACUAGCCAUCAGAACAGAUUCAAAAUAAUAUUUACAACUCGAUCCGAGGAAGUCUGUGGCUUUAUGCAAGCUGAUAGGAGCAUAAAAGUGCAGUGCUUGCCAACUGAUAAGGCCCUUGAACUGUUCCAGGAGAAGGUGAGCAAGGAGACCUGGGAUGCUCAUCCUGAUAUACCGGAGCUCGCCGAGAAAUUGGCUGGAGAGUGCAAAUGUUUGCCUCUCGCUCUCAUUACAGUAGGGCGAGCAAUGGCCAGCAAGAAGAAUCCUCACGAGUGGAAGCAUGCGGUGGAGGUUCUACGACAUCAUCCAGCAACCUUUUCAGGUAUGAAAAAUGAUGUUUUUGUUCCUCUAGAGUUUAGCUACGAGAGUUUACCUGACGAAACCCUGAAGAGGUGUUUUCUGUAUUGUACUAUGUUUCCUGAGGACUAUGGAAUUAGGAAAGAUGAUCUUAUUCUUCUUUGGAUUGCGGAGGGCUUCCUAGAUGAAUAUGAUCAUGAUAUCCAUAAAGCACGCGAUUAUGGAGAGAGCAUCAUUGGAAGUCUAACACGAGCUUGUUUGCUGGAGUCCAUAGUAGUGGUGGAGCCAUUCGGCCUAGUAACCAAUGUAAAGAUGCAUGAGGUAGUCCGAGAUAUGGCCUUGUGGAUAGACUCUGAACAUGGUGUCAAGAAGAAUAAAGUUGUAGUAAACGAGAACUUUCAUGCUAUAGAAUCGGAUGGGAGGAGUGAAAGGUGGAAGGAUGUAGAAACAGUGUCUCUCUGGAGGGACUAUCGAUCCAUGGAAUGGUUUCCUACAAGUCUAUCAUGCUCCAAUCUUCGCACGUUGAUACUACGGGGUACGCAAAUGCAGAUACUGCCGAAUGGAUUCUUUUCUUCUAUGCCUUCUCUGAGAAUCUUGGAUCUAUCAUACAAUAAAUUGUUAGCUGAGUUACCUGAGGACAUUGGCCAGUUGUCCAAUUUGCGGUAUCUUAACCUUGGGGGAACUCCCAUAGUCAAGCUCCCUAUUCAGUUGAAGAACCUGAAAAAGUUGAGGGUCCUGCUUAUUGGUGUAGACUGCGAAUGUGUUCCAAAGGAAGUGAUAUCUAAUCUCCAUUCUUUAAGAGUUUUCCGGUGGAUGCAUAACUCCGGUGUUCUCACACAGGAGCAACAACUCAGCGUGAUUGACGAGCUAGAACUCAAGAAAGAGGUAAGUGAAGUAUCUCUCUCUUUCCGAUUCGCAGAAAGUGUCCGGAGAUUACUAAGAAGCUCCAAGUUGCAGACCCGGUUAAGAUCUCUAAUUGUAGUGGAAUGCCUGGAUAUGACCUCGGUUACGAUCUCAUCUUUGAAAGCAAAGAGGAUGGAGCAUCUAAGUGAUCUCUAUAUUUGCUACUGCAAUGAAUUGGAAGAGAUUAAAGUCAUAGACAUGGAUGAAGAGGAGGGUCGUCCUGAUGAUCAACAUAUUCCUCACGAAUAUUACUACUCAAAGUUACGGAAUGAAAGCUGUUUCCGUAGCCUUUGCUCGGUGACUAUUGCAUUCUGUAAUCGCUUGAAAGAUGUCACUUCCAUCGUCUGCUAUGCUCCUAAUCUUAUGCACCUCUACAUUCAUGAGUGCCCCUCCAUGCAAGAACUGAUUGUCAAUGACACUGAAGAGGAUAAAGACCACAACUCGAGGCAAACAUUCUUACGUCUCGCUACUCUUUAUUUGAUCAAUCUCGACAAGCUCGAAAGCAUCGGCCGCAGAAAGCUGCCCUUCCCUUCACUGAAGAUGGUAUCGAUCUACGAAUGCCCAAGUCUGAAGAAACUCCCAUUCGACCAAGAAAGCGUGGGAAAUAGCUUGAAGGAAAUUCAGGGGAAAAAGGAGUGGUGGGAUGGGUUGCAAUGGGAUGACCCUGCCACUAAGAAUGUCUUCUCCCUGAAAUUCGUCGAAAUUGAGUAGGAAGGCUAGACUUACUGGUCGUUAUGCACCUGGGAGAGCAGAAACCCGCCCUUUUGACUCUCAUGCAUUGGUGCGUUCGAGUAGGCCCUUAUGGAACUCCAUAAAUAUGUGUUUCGAGCGAUCCUUUUAUCGAUGAAAAAAAAAAGAAAACUGCAUUUCUAGUGUUCAUAGUAUUUCCGAGUACAAGCAUGAACAAUCUUUCUGUACAGGCACUGCCCAAGGAAUUAAUACCACAGGAAAGAAAAAGACUUUUCCUCUGAGAGUAAUGAAAAAAUGCAUUGUAUUGCAGCCCAUAUCAA